AUUGUAAAAGGUUACAUACACGCUGGUUUCGUCCACUUUUUGUCAGACAUCAUCAUGAAAGCGUGUGUAGUGUUUCUCUUGGGGAUCGGACUAGUGUCUUGUUUGGCAAAAGAAAAUGAUUUGACUGAAAAGGAAAAGAGAUUUAUCUUGACGUUCGCGUCAUCAGCAUGUUCCGAUUCCUUAGACAACUGCGCCGCCUAUCCUAAAUCUGUGUGUUCGGACCCGAAUUACCAGGCAUGGGCCAAAGACAACUGCAAGUCAUAUUGCAAUUUGUGCUCAAGCGGAAGUAGCGGAGGUGGAACGCCACCCCUCCCUGAUACUUCUUCCGGCUGCUCCGACAAACUUUCGGAUUGUAGCGCAUACGACCCUUCGGCUUGCCAAAACUAUCAGCAAUGGGCACAAGAUAACUGUGCAAACACAUGCAACAUGUGCUCGAAAAGCAGCGGAGGCGGAGGCGGAGGUGCGACGGGAAAUGGUGGUGGAUUCACAGGUUCUUCGUCAGGAUGUGUCUACAAUGGACAAUUAUACCAACAAGGUCAGACAUGGAAAGACGCGUGCAAAUAUAACUGUGAAUGUGUUGAUGGAACCUCUGGAAAAUAUCAGUGUAGUGCGUUAUGUUUAACCUGGAACUUACCUUCCUCGUGUCACAUGAACCCGCCAGGACCAGGCAAAUGCUGUCCACAACCUGCCUGUCCACCGUCUAUCACUUUACAGUAUCCUCCUGGUUAUACACCACAAUAGACGAGAAAGCAAUGAUGAUUUUAUUGUUUAUUUAUGUUCAUUUAUAGAAUGUUCUAAUACAUAUGAAAACAGUUA